GAUUAUUACACGUGGGAGGGACGACGAAUUGUUUGAAGAAAUAGAAGAAGAAGAAACGAAUAUAUGUUGAAUUCUGGAGUAGGGUCACCUCUCCUGGUAGUAUUCACUCACAAUCACAAUGAUGAUGAAGAAGAUGAUGAUGAUGAUGAUGAUGACGAUGUCGAUGAUGUGAUGAUGCGAUUAAAUGAGAUGGUGUUGGCUCUACUCAUCAGUUGAUAAAAAGAUAGUCGUUCCUCUUUACAAGACUCAGUAUUCAUUCGCAGUUCGACCUGUCUCGUCUCAUCAUCGACGAAACCAAAACAAAAACGAAAACCAUCAAUUUUUCCUUUUCCGUCCAGUUUUCGCUUUUCCAUUUUCGCUAAUUCUCCAUCAGCUGAAAUCGAGUACAAAAAGAAGUGAAUUUUAAGCGAGAAUAUAAAUCAAAUUCUAAAUAAUUCGUUAAUAUUGAAAUUUGCAAAAAAAGAAGAAUAAAUAAUUAAUUUUCAAAAAUGUCUCCCCUGGAAAAAAUUCAAGAGAGAAGAAAAGUAAAGGAAGAAGAAAAUAAUUUCGAAAUGGAUAAAUUUGCAAUCACUGUGAAUGGAGAAUUUUUGUGACACACAAACAAUUGUUGUAAAUAUUACUUACUUAUGUGUAAAUUUAUCUCUGAACAACUGUCUCUAUAAACUAUAAAAACAAGUAAAGAAACUGAAACAGACUUGAAAAGUUUGCCCUGGAAAUAAUUUCAAUCGAAAUUCGAAAAAUUAUAUAAAAAUAAAGAAAGAAAAGGGGGAAAAAAAAUGAUGACAGAUAAUGAAACAUAAUUACGUGGAAUUAAUUAUUUCGAACUACUUCGAUAUAUAUAUUUUCGAUCUCCUGAGAAAUUCAGUCGAUGAAGAAAAAUGCCCGAGGAUAAUCACCUACGAGAAUUCGGCACCUAGUGAAAAAGGCAAAGAAAUAAUCAUGAAGUGCAAGUAGUUAACAAAAAACUAAAUAAAAGAUCAAAAAGUGCGAGUAGUUUACAAAGAAAAAUAGACAAAAGUGUUGCGCAAAAAACAGAAAACAGAAAAAGAAUGGUUGAAUUUUGCGGUGGUGCCGGUAUGGCGAGUGCAUUGGACAGAAGUACCUCGUCCCGUGUUUAUUAUGCGAUACUCGCAAUUUUAGAUUCAAUAUUUUCAGCUGGUGUUGCAACGCCAGCGGUUGUUGGCUAUUGGCGUGGUACAUGGCAUUUAAGUCAUUUAUAUAUUUAUGGAAAUGAUAUUGUAUCGAGUGCAUUAACAUCAAUUGCCAUUGGUUUUAUGGGAUUAUUUAUAUUUAAUUUAUUGCAAAAUUUUUUGGAUCAUUUUUUAAAUCCCGAUAAACAUCGUUUGUGUUAUUAUAUUGGCUCACGAUUUUAUACAUAUUUAUUUGGAUUUUGUUGUGUUAAUGCGUGGCGUGGUCCAUGGCAGGCAUUAGAUUUAUUCACUGAUAUGUCACCGAGUACAGUGUUUGCAACAACAUCGGUUAGUAUUCUUGCCCUUGCAAUUAUGAGGGCAAUAAGAAAUAUUGCCGCACCACCGUUUUCACUUAGUUUGGAUUCGUGCGUUGGUUACUUUGAGGUGCCCACAAUGUUCCGGGCCAAUAAUUCGAGGGAUUGGUCAUUGUACAUAUUGGAUUGUGCCUUUAGUGUAAUUAUCGUUGGGACACUUGUGGUAUUUGUUUGGAGAGGAGUCUGGGUACUGCUUGAUAUUUUUCUCUUUCCUGAUAAUAGAGAACAAUCUGCACUAGGCUCUCUUAUUAUUGGUUAUACCUUAGUGUCAAUUGCAUUUUUACUGCAACCUAUGAUGAGUUACACCUGUGCAAGACUGCAGGGUUUUCCAAAACUCGUCCUGGCAGAUGCAUUUAUUCUAUUGAGUUUUUUGGCAACUGUCAAUGUUUGGCGUGGAAUUUGGAAUACUCUUGACAUUUGGCUGAUACCCGAGAAUCAGGAACUUUCAUGUUGGAUCACGCACAUUGGUUGCUUUAUUUUUCUUGUUCUUCUCAAUUGUAGUAAUUCUAUUCUCGUGAGAGGUGUUUAUAUUGACGCCGAGGAGGACAAGGGCAAGUGCGUUGUAUUCCCUUGUCAUUAUCUUCGACUAUUGUUCAAGGUUGAGCGAGAGAAGAAAGCAGCGAGAAAACAAAAUUUAAUAGUAACAACAAAAGACUUUUCCCUUCAUACAGAGGCAAAUGUCAAAGAAAUUGAAAACGGCGCAUUAUUAAAUAGCGUCGUGACUCCAAUGAUUAUUUCCGGAAAUCAAGACGUUUAGGAAAAAAAAUCUAAGACUUUAUGAAAAAAAAAAUGUGACAAAUUAGAGGUAAUUAAAAAAAAUUACCUGACUAAAAAAUUUGUCUGAAUCAGAUGAAAAUCUACAAAUCUACACGAACGAAUAAAUUACAUUAAAUAAUUAAUAAAUUUUUCUUAUUAAAAAAAAUA